CUCCCCAGGACACGUGACCCGCCUGCAGGGCCGGAAGAGGAGCACUCCUCGUGCACGCGAGCAGGAGCGCGCACCCGCCAUGGCUUGCGCACUGUGCACGUACGAGACCAACAAGCUGGUUCGGAUCCACAGCGUGCGGCUGGGGUCGCUGAAGUGGAGCCUGAACGCAACCAUCCUGCUCGGCAUCUGCUUGGUGAUGUUGUGGAACCGGAAGUACCAACACUUUGAUCAGGUGGUCAGCUCCGUCACCGCCAAGGUGAAGGGCGUGGCCCAGAUGCACCUGCCCGGCCAGGGGGGCGUGGUCUGGGAUGUGGCCGACUACAGCGGACCGUCGCAGGACAAAAAGUCCUUCUUAGUAGUGACCAACGUGAUCGUGACAAACAAACAGAAACAAGGACGCUGCCCUGAGCCUCCUGUCAGCGGCCGCCUGUGUCGUCAUGACAACGACUGUGAUACAAGCACCUGGAGCCAACACAGCAACGGAAUCCAGACGGGAUCGUGCGUGAAGUUUGACGCGUUGACGAGGACGUGUGAGGUGACUGCUUGGUGUCCCAUCGAGACCAAGACUCGUCCUCCAAGGCCCGCUGUGUUGGCGUCAGCUGAGAACUUCACGGUGCUCAUCAAAAACAACAUUCGCUUUCCCGCUUUCAACUUCAUCAGAAGGAACAUCCUUCCAGAGAUGGACGACGCCUACUUGAGGAGUUGCCAGCGUGCCAAUGACUCUUUGUGUCCCAUCUUCAGACUGGGAGAUGUGGUGAGACAGGCGGGGCAGAACUUCUCUCAGAUGGCCGUGGAGGGGGGCGUCAUAGGCAUCCAGAUUAAAUGGGACUGCAACCUGGACCUUCUGACGCGCCGCUGCCUGCCCAGGUACUCCUUCCGGAGGCUGGAUGAGAAUGAGAGCAACAAGACCCUCUACCCCGGGUUCAACUUCAGGUUUGCAAAGUACAACAUGGUGGACGGCGUGGAGGAGAGAACGCUCUACAAGGCUUUUGGCAUCAGGUUCGACAUCCUGGUCUUUGGACAGGCAGGAAAGUUCAGCAUCAUUCAGCUCGUUGUCUAUAUCGGCUCUACACUGUCCUACUACGCUCUGACGACGGUGCUGAUGGACUGGUUGAUCGAAACCAGCUGCUACUCUGCAGACGUGGGCCAGAACUACGGUGAGAAGAAGGUGGAGUCAGUGGAGGACGGCAAGAAGGGCGUGCUGAGCGUGUCCUACGUGGACCAAGACCACAUCCGCGUGGUAAAAAUGUCCCUCAAGAGACGCCUGCAGGACGCCAACACGGUUGCCGUGGAGACCAGAAGGGAGGACGCGGGACACGUGACAAUGGCGGUCUCCGUCCUUCUUCAAGCACAAGUUGACCCUCGGCCCGUGCCCGACCCCAAACCCGACUUUGAGCGGCCAUCUUGGUGUGGAUGUGGGCGCUGCACCGCCUCCGCCCUCCCCCAGGAGGAGCUGUGCUGCAGGCGGAGCGAGGGUCCCUGCAUCUCCUCGUCUGCGCUCUUUGAGCGGCUGGUGUUACAUCGCCCCCUGCUGGAGGCGCUGCUUCUCUACAGGGACCCUUUGUCUCCUGCGCCCGCCACCCGCCGCAGCGCCGCCACCCGCAGCCACAGCACCGCCACCCUGCGACACUGCGCUUACCAGCAGUACGUGGCCUGGAGGUUCGGUGUCCCGCCCGCCACCACCUGCCCCGCCAUCCCUCGCUGCUGCGUGGGCAGGAUCAGGGAGGAGUUCCCCAGCCCGGACGGACGCUACAGCGGCUUCACGCUCGCCAACGCCGCCCCAGCCAUAACAACACAAGACUAGAAAACACCAAUAAAAUCUUCUUGACCGC